CAAAAGCAAAUAUUCUUUACAAUGGCGUCUUCUGCAUGAGCUCUCUUUCACUGUUGCCGUGUAUAGAGCUCUCUCUCGCAUCUCUUGAAGUCGACGAAAAUGCAAAAGAAGAGUUGGUCGUCGACGAAUCGAGCCAACGCACACACAAGAGAAUUGCAGAGUCCUUAUCGUCAGAUCAGCCCCUGGGCCAAGCAGAGAGUGAAAGCAAGCGAUAGAGCUCACGAUUGCGUAUACAUGGACUCUUCCCGCUGACCACCUCAUCCACUUGGCUCGAGGAAGACGUCGAGGAUCAUGAUGUAAUAUAUAAAUAAACACACACAAACUCUUGCACCCACCCGAGCUACAAGGACACAUUAUCUGGACAAGAGCAGAGCAAAGGCUAUACUGCCAGCAAGGCUCUAGGCUCUUUACUUUGCAGAGGCUGACCUUGGUUUUUCUUCACGAGUAACACCCAGAGUAUCAGGUUGGCGCCAAACGAGGGCAGCAAAAUGUCGAAGAGACCGGCCGACAGCGCGGACUCGGGCUGCCAGCCACCUAUCAAGAAGGUCCAGUUCGAGCCCAUGAUCAUUGGACCCAUAUCCACCCUUGAAGAGAUGGAUAUGAAGGUUCUGCAGUUUCAGAACAAGAAACUGGCUCAGAGGUUAGAUCAAAGACAGCGUCUGGAAAUCGAGUUAAGGCAAAGAAUAGAACAAUUAGAAAAACGACAAACUCAGGAUGAUGCAGUGCUAAACGUAGUCAAUAGGUAUUGGAAUCAAUUAAACGAGGAUAUUCGUGUAUUGCUACAAAGGUUUGAUGCAGAAACAGCAGAUGAGUCUGAAAAUAAAAAUGAGAGUGAAGCCACGACUUCUUUUCUCAUGCAAUUGUCUUCCUGGGAUAAAGAGGAGUUGGAUGAUAAACUUGCAAACCGCGUUCAAGUGUCGAAACGAGCGGUUUCGAAAGUUGUACAGGCAUUUGAUAGGCUUUCCCAAAGAAAUGAAAAAAUCACGCUUGCUCUCAAAGGAGAGUUCAAUGAAGAAGCACCCAACAUCGAUGAAGUGGUAAAAAAAGCAAAUGUUGAAAUUCAAAUGGAAAACAGAAAUUUACAAGCGCUAAACCUCCAACUGCAUGAAAAGUAUCAUACAAUUUCACUAAAAAUGUCGGAAUUGCAAGAUACAAUUACUGCCAAAGAUACAUUAGCUGCUGAACUUCGAAAUCAAGUAGAUGAUUUACAGUACGAGUUGAAUAAAGUGCGAUCAAGAAACGAUAAAUUAGAACAUCAUCUUGGUGAUGCGAUUGAAAAGUUGAAAGCAUUCCAACAAAUUCAUGGUUCAGAUGAAAAAGGAUGUGUCAAGUCUAACGCUAUAGUUGCAACAAGUGUGUCGCAAACUAAGUUGGAAGAUUUACAAAGGGAACUGGAAGAAACUCGUGAGUUGUCUAAUAACAGAUUGCAAGAGUUGGAUAAAUUACAUCAACAACAUCGUGAUACAUUAAAAGAAGUAGAAAAGUUGAAGAUGGAUAUCCGUCAAUUGCCUGAAUCCGUUAUUGUCGAGACAACAGAAUACAAGUGUUUACAAUCCCAAUUCUCAGUUUUGUAUAAUGAGUCAAUGCAAUUGAAAACUCAAUUAGAUGAAGCUCGUCAACAACUUCAAUCAAGCAAAAACGCUCAUCUACGUCACAUAGAGAUGAUGGAAAGUGAAGAACUGAUGGCACAAAAGAAACUAAGAGGCGAAUGUAUACAAUUAGAGGAUGUUCUAGCGCAGUUGAGGAAAGAGUAUGAAAUGCUUCGCAUCGAGUUUGAACAGAAUUUAGCUGCUAAUGAACAAACUGGCCCAAUUAAUAGAGAAAUGCGACAUCUCAUUACUUCAUUACAAAAUCACAACCAACAGUUGAAAGGUGAAGUUCAUCGAUAUAAACGUAAAUACAAGGAGAUUUCUGCUGAAGUUCCAAGAUUGAAAAAAGAGGUGGAAGAAUUGACAACUAAACUUGGUCAACAAAUGGCUCAAGAAAAUAAAGAAGGUAACAAUUCUGAUGGAAGUGGAAAAGAAGAAGAUGCUUCAAAUUCUCUGCCAGGGCAGAUUAAAGAAGAAGGGGGUAUUAAAAAGGAAAGAGCAGAUGAAGAUGGAGACAAUGAAGGAGGUGAAGGAGAAAAAGGAAAUUCCGAACACGCUCUUUCAUCCCCGACUAUCAAAAAAGAGAAAGAUAUUAAACGUGAAAAGGAUAUUAAAAAAGAAUCAGUCAAAACGGAACACCGCGAUCCAAUGCAUAGAUCUAAAGAUGCAAAAGCUGCUGAGUCGGAAAUAGUCAGGGAUCUCAAGGCGCAACUCAAAAAGGCUGUGAACGAAAUGAAAGAAUUGAAACUACUGUUAGACAUGUACAAAAGCAUCGGCAAAGAGCAACGUGAUAAAGCUCAGCUCAUGGCUGCUGAGCGCAAAACAAGAGCAGAGUUAGAGGACAUGAGGCAACAGCUCAAAAAAAUACAAGUACAGAUUGAAAGCAAACGCGAAGAACGAAAGAAACUUGCCGACGAGGAUGCUCAACUGAAGAUCAAAAAGCUUGAGGAGCAAGCAUACGCACUACAAAGACAGGUGGCUACUCAAAAACAGAACGACGCAUGGUUGCAGGAGGAAGAGGCUCUCCUCAACGAGAUGGAGGUCACGGGUCAAGCUUUCGAGGAUAUGCAAGAGCAAAAUUCUAGGCUAAUACAACAAUUACGUGAGAAGGACGACGCCAACUUUAAAUUGAUGACAGAGAGGAUCAAGAGCAACCAGUUGCACAAGCUGGCAAGAGAGGAAAAGGAUGUCUUGAAGGAACAAGUGUCGACGCUGACCACCCAAGUUGAGGCGGCCAACUUGGUUGUGAGAAAGUUGGAGGAAAAAGAGCGUUUGCUGCAGAAUUCACUGGCUACCGUGGAGAAAGAAUUGGCAUUGCGUCAGCAGGCUAUGGAGAUGCACAAAAGAAAAGCCAUUGAAAGCGCGCAAUCUGCCGCAGAUCUCAAACUUCAUCUUGAAAAGUACCAUUCACAAAUGAAAGAGGCUCAGCAAGUUGUAGCCGAGAAAACAAGUUCCUUGGAAGCUGAAGCAUACAAAACAAAAAGAUUACAAGAAGAAAUAGCGCAACUCAGACGGAAAGUUGAGAGAAUGAAAAAGAUAGAAUUGGCUGAGACUGUAGAUGAAGUAAUGGCUGAAGAACUUCGUGAAUACAAAGAAACGUUAACAUGCCCCUCUUGUAAAGUAAAGCGAAAAGACGCAGUACUUACAAAGUGCUUCCACGUCUUCUGUUGGGAUUGUCUACGUACUCGUUACGAAACUCGGCAGCGAAAGUGUCCCAAGUGCAACUGCGCCUUUGGAGCUAACGAUUAUCAUCGGCUCUACCUGUCGACCUGAAGAAGGAGGCAUUAAGUUGCUUAAGAAAACAAUGUACGCGAAGUACUUCGCCUUCAAAAACGAUCGCAAUUUUAACAAUGGAAUUAUCGAAGAGCACUUCAUUUUUUUUUGUACUUUUGUUACUGAAAAAUGUAAACGUUUUCCUCGAAAUAGUGUGAAUUGUGUAAUAUGUAUAUAAAAGCAUAAAAGACUAAAACUUAGGUGUAUUAUGAAGAAGUGCGAUGCAUGUAUAGAUAUAACAUAUUACAGUGAAUUUAAAUCGACGAAUUUCAGUGUUACUGAAAGUUUAAUGAUGUAAGCAUCGUACAUUUUUUUUUGCUGAAUUAACUUUAAAAAAUUAACACACGCGAAGGUAUAGUUAUUUCUGAUUGUAAAAAUGUAGUUAGUUUUUCCAAUUUAACUUUUUUUUUUAUUUUUAUCACACGUAAGCACUUACGUAUCAAACAAUUUUGUGCUUACAGUUUUAAUCUGUCCAAUGAAAUAUAUUUUUUUUUAAACAACCUUUUAUUUUUUAAGUAAAUUAUUUUUUGCUACGUGAAUAUUAGAAAUAUUUACAAAUACAAUCGUGUAAAUAAAUACAUGCAAAUAUAUAAACUCGUGACUGUUGUCUAUGAAUAGUCUUGAACUGUAAGGUAGUCUUUUUAACUACUCAAGAUAUGUACAUCAACUUUGCAUUAUAGAAAAUGUGCAAAAAAGUACGAUGCUGUGAUCAAGCAUAAUAAUACUUAUCAAAUUUACAUUGCUUUGGAUACAUUCAAAUCUCUUUUUACGUAAAUUGGAUAAAUCUUUAACUAUUUAUAAUCCUUUCAAAAGGGAGGUUUCGAAAUAACUAUAAAUUCAUUUUUACUAGUUCCAUGUAUUAAUAUAAAUUACAUG